AUAUUUGUUAUCGAAUUGUUGACGUGUGAACGCGACCUAACAAAUCGGUCGUUUGACAUUUGGAUUUAACCUCAAUCGUGUGCUAUUUACGAAUGUUGGCAACAUCAACAUAGACGCUAAAUUUGUAAAUUUACGAAUAAGUAAUUUUGUUUUGGGACGUAUAAAAAAUUCGUAGCGUUUUUUUUUCUCCGACUAACAUGUCAACUGCAACAUUUCCAGUUGUGCAUGCUGGUUUCAAGGAUGUGUUGUCGAAUUGCUACAAAUCGAAUAAUGUUGUAUCGUUGAAGACGCAUUUUGAUGAGACCAAAGGCAGCGGAAAUGAUAAGAAAAUCAUUUUAGACCAAGCAUUCCGUGAUGUGUUACUGGGCGAAGAUGUAAUUGGCAGCACGGCAAAUGUUGAAGCAUUGAUUACACUAUCGAUAGCGGCUUGUCGUCAGGAUAUUUGCACUGCAACUAUUCCCGUUGUGCUGAUGAGUGAUGUGUUCGAUACAGUGACCCUGGAUCAAUGCGAACGAUUGUUUAGUUAUGUCGAAAGCAAUGUGUCAGUUUGGAAGGAAAUUCGAUUUUUUACCGCAUGCAAACAUAAUUUGCUUCGUAUGUGCAACGAUUUGUUGAAACGGUUCUCACGUGCACAAAACACCGUAUUUUGCGGCCGCAUUUUACUAUUUCUCGCUACAUUCUUCCCAUUCUCCGAACGAUCCGGUUUGAACAUCAUUUCGGAGUUUAAUUUGGAAAAUCUGACGGAAUUCGACGGUGAUGCCAAUGAUGAGGUUUUGGACAGCGUUCAAUCGGAAAAUAUACAAGUGAAAAUUGACUACAAUUUGUAUACAAAAUUCUGGGCAUUACAAGACUUUUAUCGUAAUCCAAAUCAAUGCUACGAUCCAAGCAGCUGGAAAAAAUUCUCAAGUCAUAUCACAAGUGUACUGUCGGCAUUUAGCAGCUUCAAAUUAGAGGAACAACGAGGCUCUGUUCCGGCAACUAAACUGAAUGAUGGCACAACUAUUGAUGACCAAAUCGAAGAUUCACAGCAUUUCUUUGCCAAGUUUCUUACGAAUCCUAAGCUGCUUGCACUGCAAUUGUCCGACGCUAAUUUUCGUCGUUCAGUUCUGGUGCAAUGUUUGAUUCUGUUUCAGUAUCUCACCUCGACUGUCAAAUUUAAAUCAGAUUCACAAGUGCUAACGCCAUUGCAAAAUGAAUUUGUCAAAGAAACCGAAGCCAAGGUGUAUCGACUGCUCGAAGAAACACCACCGAAUGGUAAGAAAUUCGCACAGACUGUUCGUCAUAUGCUGAAGCGUGAAGAAUUAUGGAAUAAUUGGAAGAAUGAAGGUUGCAAAGAAUUUAAACGGCCCGAGCCACCGGCCGAUGAUCAAGCAAAAACUCCGAUGAAGAGGCAACGCCGAAACUUGGGCGAUAUCAUCCACGACGCAACCAAACAGAAUAAAUUCAAUUUGGGUAAUAGUGAAUUGACACGCCUGUGGAACUUGUGUCCGGAUAAUUUGCAAGCAUGUCGUGGCGAAGAUCGAAACUUUUUACCACCGAUCGACACAUAUUUGGAAACACCUCCAGAUAAAUCGGAUCCAUCGUAUGAAUGGCGCGCAUUGAGAUUGCUGGCCAGACAGUCUCCAUUGUUCUUCUCACUUACACCGGCUCCAAAUAAGGUGUCGGAAUACUUGGAAAACGUACGCAAAAAAUUGAACGAAACCAAAUCAAAGCAUAAGCCGGAAAACGAAAACGAAAACAAAAUCGACACCGACAAUGACCUCAUGAUGGAGAAUCCACAAGAUGGCCUUGUUGAAGAGGAUACAGAGCCCACCGAUCAACUGAUAUCGGAUGACGCAAACGUUCAUAAAAUUGUCACGGCAACCGAUGAUCAAAUACGAGAGCUAUGUGUCAUUAUCGGCAACGAUUGGGAGAAACUUGGUUCCAAAUUAGGUUUUCGAGAUGACGAAAUCAAUUAUUUCCGUGAUUCAAACCCAAGUCAGGAGCGCUGUCGUUACAUGAUUCGCCUCUGGCUGGAAGAUGACACCAACACAUUGGCUGAUCUUGCGUACACAUUGGAGGGCUUGAAAAUGAUUUCUGCUGCCGAUUGCGUGAAACGGAUCUUGGAACCGGCCGAUAAAAUGGAAGACAUAUCGGAAUAAGCUGCCACACCGCAUUUUUUCCCCUUAUUUUUAUUAUUCCAAUCAAACUUCGUGAAUAAAUGAAUGACACAAAAA